ACUGCCAAAACAACCAUUUCCUUCCUCAUAUAUCUCUGUUAAAGCAGAGCUAUCCAAAUUCCGAAGCUUUCUCUCUCUAUCUCUACACUCUAGUCACCUUUGUCACCUCUCUGUGCGCUGCAGAUAGCCCACAUGCCUCUCUCUUGUUUUCUCCUUUUCGAGGCCUUCAAAUAAACAAAGGAUUUCAGCACUCUUUCAAGCUUUGAUUCUGCCGUAGAAAUUUAAAGCCUUGAGCCUCGCCUAACCUUUUUCACAACACUCCAUUAAUACUCUCACUAGCAGUGUGAUUACAAUGGAAGGGAGGAUCUUCUGAGCUGAGAUUUUACUUCCAAAAUGGUUGAACAACAUGGUGGCUGUAAUGUCUGGCCACCUGUUGAAGCCCCAUUAUUAAAUGUUCCAAAAGAUGACCAUUGGAGACAAUUUGACAAUUCUGUCAAUGCAGUGUCUUUUGGGUUUGUAGCCACUGCCAUUCUCAUCUCCAUGUUCUUGGUCAUGGCCAUUUUUGAAAGAUUUUUCAGACCCACCUCUGCUAGAACCCAUGGUGACCUUGAAUCCCAGAUGGGGUUCAAUGCGAAACUUAGCCACCCAUCACCAAAAAUGACUGUAUAUGCCAAUGGAGUUUCAGUAUUGAUGCCUGGAGAUAAUAUUCCUACCUUUAUAGCACAUCCAGCACCAGUGCCUUGUCUGCCUGAUCGCAAACUGCUUAUGAACUCGCAUUCGAAUCCUAUCUCGAAUGCAACCUCAAGUUCAAUCUCGGGUCGAGAAAACUAAGUAUUUGCUCUUUUUUACUUCUCACCCAGUAGAGCAUGUUGUGUACAUAUACACCAUUAGAUUGAUGGGCAUAGAAGGGUAAUUUUCAGACAGUCUCCUGUAAGAAAAUUCAGAAUUUGGAUUAUUUUGCCCACCAUUGUAAUGCUCUGGGGAGAAGUUCAAGGGCCUUUGUUUCAUGUUGAGUGAAUUUUCUUGUAGAAAUUUGCAUUUUUAUGAGAC